AUGGGCCUGAAGGACCAUCUGGAUGAUGGAACAGGCCAUAUCCUUGACCUGGGGCUUGAUUUGGACUACCUCCAUGUGAAAGCCACCGACCGGCAGGCUGGCCUGGAAGGCAAAGCCAGCAUGGACAGGGGCUCGUUGGACGGCAGCGAGGACUCAGGUCCUGGUGUCAGGAGCCAUGGCUCGUCUUCGAGGGGCGAAUCGGAGGAAAGCGCUGGGUCCGACAGUGAACCAGAGAAGGUCCAGAACAACGGCGGUUUGGAACCAACAGGUGACGGAUCUGCAAGGGGCACUCAUCCACCAUUAUGUCGCUCCCCCUGUCUGGACCUGGAAUCGCCUGGAUUGCCGGAUGUUCCUUCAGGAGAGCCAGGGCACAUGGACGUCCUCAGAGAGUACCAGACGAAGAUGGAGUUCGCGCUGAAACUAGGCUACGAGGAGGACCUGGUCCGACUUGUUCUGAACAAGCUGGGAACGGAGGCUCUCAUCAACGAUAUACUGGGUGAGUUGGUGAAACUCGGAAGCAAAUCGGAAAGUGAGCAAGGCGGAGCUCAGGCUUCUUCACAGUCCGCCAGCUCUUCCUCGUCGUCCGCGGGUUCUUCAUCCUCUUCAUCCUGCAGCUUCUCAGACUCCACUGACUCCCGACAGUCUGAGUCCCCUUCUCAGACACAUCUCUUGGAUGACAAGGACAACUUGAGACCCAUCGUCGUGGAUGGCAGCAAUGUAGCCAUGAGCCACGGGAAUAAAGAGGUGUUCUCCUGCCAAGGAAUUCAGCUUGCAGUAGACUGGUUCCUGGAGCGAGGUCACAAAGACAUCACUGUGUUUGUGCCUGCCUGGAGGAAGGAACAGUCUCGACCAGACGCCCUAAUAACAGACCAGGAGAUCCUGAGGCGUCUAGAGAAGGACAAAAUCCUGGUGUUCACACCUUCACGCCGCGUCCAGGGACGAAGGGUGGUCUGCUACGAUGACCGUUUCAUCGUCAAAUUGGCCUACGAGUCAGAUGGUAUCAUCGUAUCCAACGACAACUACAGGGACUUGGCCGUGGAGAAGCCGGAGUGGAAGAAGUUCAUUGACGAACGGCUCCUCAUGUACUCUUUCGUCAAUGACAAGUUCAUGCCACCUGAUGAUCCUUUGGGUCGCCAUGGGCCCAGUCUAGAGAACUUCUUGAGGAAAAGGCCCAUUGUCCCAGAGCAUAAGAAACAGCCUUGUCCAUACGGAAAGAAGUGCACCUAUGGGCACAAGUGUAAGUUUUACCAUCCUGAACGUGGCACUCAGCCACAGCGUUCUGUGGCGGAUGAGCUUCGGGCCAGCGCCAAGACCUCGGCGUCCAAAGGACUGGGCGAGUCGAACCUGGUCAAGAGCCACAGCGUGCCCACCGGCACACGCACAGACAAGCCAGGUGACGGCAAACGGGCGCACCCAAAGAGGCAGUCGGACCCCAGCGUCCGGGCCCUUUCGUACAGCGAUGUGGAAGACAAGCUGAGCACCAAAACCAAAGCAGACCCCCAUAAGAGCAGCCUCAUCCUUCCACCUGCACCUGGUGGACCCCCUUCCGGCCACACCUACUCCCAGGACCUUCGGGACCUGUCUCACGGUUCUUCCAAAAACCACGGUGCUCCAGUGUUCUCCCAGGCGGAUCCGUACCCUACCUGUGAGUCUCCGGAUCUCAGUUAUUAUUCCAUGGUGAGGGCAUACUCAGGAUUUAGCCUCUCUGGCCCUCGGAGUCCAGAACACCAUUUCUUGUCCGAGGCAGAUCCUCGUAUGAGUUCCGUGGCAUCUGACUGUAGCAGUGAGGGCAGCGUGAGUUCUGACUCCUUUGGCGUUGCAGGUCACAGUGAGCGUUCCUGCAUGAGUUCCCCUGACUCACUGAUGGAGGAUGGCCUUAAGUGCCACCAUCACCACCACCAACGUCAAAAGUACCCUCUACCACCUCCUGUAUUGCCCCCUCAACACCAGCACCACCACCAGGGUAGGUUGCUUGCUCCAAGUCCUAACACCCACACGGGCUACCACCAUACCAUGGCACGUGUGCACAGCUACGCCCAAGAUGACGCUUCGGAUCCUCACUUCAAGCACUCCUACUUGCCCCCUCACCUCCAGCACCAGGCUGUUGGUGCAAGAUCCAGUUGUCCAGGUGACUACCCACCUCUUCCUCAAAGCGUCCCCCAUUCCCAGGGCUCACCUUUGGGUCGGGGGUUGGUGUCCACCAGAGUGGACAGCAUCUCGGACUCUCGGCUAUACGAGCACUCUCCAGUGCACCCUAGAAAGCCUUGCCUUGGUCAGGAACGACUUGCCAGCUGGGAUGCGUACUACAGGCAGGGUCCACAGCCUUGCUAUGAAUCUUUCACCUUCCAGAGCCUUCCGGAACAACGGGAGCAAACCUGGCGGGCACCAUGGGGUCGCACCACCACUGCGUCUCUCCACCAACCCCACCUUCUGUCCCACCAACACCAAGAUCCACCAAAUCUCGGCCACUACCAGGAGGUCCGCGAGAAGGUCUUCAUCAACUUGUGUAACAUCUUCCCCACGGAAUUGGUUCGCCUGGUAAUGGGCCGCUAUCCUCAUGUGACAGAUGCCCAGCAACUUGCCGCAGCCAUUUUGGCUGAGAAGAGCCAGGCAGGGUAUUGA